GAGAAGUUGGUUAAUUAUGUGGGACGUUUCCGCAUGGCCGCUUUGCUCAGAGGUGCCGAAGUCCGAUUGAUACUUCAUAAUUCGUCUAGAUAUAGAAUUAACAGUUGUAUAAUUUGUUGGAGCUCUUUUAGCUCCUCUAGUAGGCCUAUUUGUCUUAUGAGUCGAGUAUGGAUUUACUUGUUUGCUGCGCUGUGCGCGCUCGUCUCACCAGGUGUAUAUCAGGUGGAGGGAAUGGAGGUGUUUACAUCAAAAGAGUUGGAGGCAGUCAACGGAACAGAUGUACGGCUCAAAUGUACAUUUAAAUCCACCCAUCCGCUCUCUGAAGACAGAAUUUCUGUAUCCUGGAGUUUCCGGCCACUCGGAAAGGCAGAAGAAUCGUUUUUUCUCUACCAAGGAAAUGCAUAUCCCCCAACAAUUGGCUUGUUAAAGGGUCAUGCUGCAUGGUCUGGUGAUGUAAUGAAGGGUGAUGCCUCCAUCACACUGCAGGAUGUGCAGUUCAGCUUUAACGGAACCUACAACUGCCAAGUCCGAAAUCCACCCGACAUCCAGGGGACUGCUGGCGUGAUCAGCCUCAAAGUCGUCCAAAAAGUGUCAUUCUCUGAAAUUGGAAUUCUGGCUAUAGCUGUGGGUGGAUGCAUUGGUGUCAUUUUCCUAAUCCUGCUCAUCUACAUCAUUGUGCGGUCAUACCGAAGACGGGACCCUGACAUGGGCACUGAGAUGCAAGAAGAAAGAUAUAAGGAUCAGGUGUUGUAAGAGAGGACACUUGACUCUGGGUUCUAGUGAGUCUACUAUUAGUGCUGUGUCUGUGGACUAACCUGUCUUUCACUUCCUAACUGCUUCUGAAUAGUGAUGCACAAUAAUUGUAUCCAAUUCUAACCCAUAAUCUUCUUAUUAUACUUUAUAAAAUAACAGAAAGUCCUAAAUAUCAAGACACCAAGAUUGUCACUUGGACUUACUUCGGAAGAAUUUUAAAGAGAUUUAAAUUUUUUGUUUAAAAUAUCAUUUUUAUACAUUACAUUUGAAAGUUUUAUUCGAUUUUACACAGGAUAUAAAGAGUUGUUUUAAAUAUUAUUUUUGAUAAAAUGAUGUAUUAAAACAUCAGGUGAUGGGAUUAAUACAUUUUAUACAAUAAAAAUUUGAAAGACAAAUUCUGAUAUAAUUUUUUUUUUUUCCUCAAAGAAACAAUGUCAGUUUCAGCACAUUGUUGAGAUGUGUCUAAUAUAAACCUUAAAGAACAUGUGGCUCAUGGAAGUGGACUUUUACUUGAUAUAUGUAUACCUUAGCAUUUUUCCACUAUACAUUCCAUGUUUGUCCAUAUAUGUCAAUUUGUAUGUUCACACGUGUACAUGAUUUGCAUAUAUAGCCUACAUAGUGGUUUGCACAGGUGGCAUGUAUCUCUGCAUCUAUGUCUGGAUGUGUUACUGUGUAGGUGUGGUUUAUAAACCAGUGCAACAAAGGAAGCUAUCCGAUUAAAAGGGCCACAGAAGGUUCUGGAAAUGUACAGCUUGGAUGGAGUGGAUCAGACUGUAACCAUAAACAUGACUGAACAAAAACAAAACCUGCCGAUCUCAGUACAUAAACCUCACGUCUUUAAAGGGUUUAGAAUAUACAUACUCUGUUUUGUGGUGACCAUGAUUCUUUCAGUUGAUUUCCAUGUUGCAAACUGCAGUGUUCUAAAUUAGUUAAUAGAACCCUUUAAACUUAGUAUACAAUUCAAUAUAAAAUAUACAACAAUUAGUUCCGGUCUUCUAAUCUGAUUGAACGAUAGACGUUCUAUGAGUACUGAUGGUCUGACACAUCAGCUCUCCGACGCUUCACUGUGUGUAUCACAUGCUUGUGUUCAUGCUGUUCUAAACUAAAGUGUAAGAGCAGUGCAGAUGUGUUAGGAGCAAUAUGUCUCUUUACAUUUAAUAUUGUGACAUUACAUAUUUUAGCCAGCAGGUGGAGGUAAAAUAAUUUUUUUUGUGUGUAAUAUGAGCCAGUGGGUGGUAUGAAGUUAGUCAGUGUCACUCAGUGUUUACAUUCAACAGCACUCCGUGAUUGCUCGUAUUACUACUAAAGCUAGGAAAUAGCUUUAAACUAAUAAUUUCAGCAUUAAGGCUCAUCAGAGCUGAGAGACUCAACAGACUAAUUAACUCAAGUUGCUUACCUUACUGGAGUUUCCACAUUGCAGAGGACAUACUGUAAAAUGGUGGAGGAGAUUGCGGUUUCUAUAGUGGAUGGCUCUUGCGCACCAGCUACCGUGAAAUAGGAAGGAAUUUGGACAGCUAUUUUUCCACUCAGAAUAUAGAAUGCAUUUGACCAAAAUGACAUUGUCAUUAGAAAGCUCACUAACAAACUACAGCAUCAUCAACAGGUGAUCGCACAUGCUCCACAUCUCUCUCUCCACAAUUUUUUUUUAUGCCCGUUUUGAAACAUAACUGUUUUGUAAAAUUUCCCUAAAAUGAUUUAAUAGAUUUGUAUUUUAAGAUUUUAUAUUUUACAAAGUAAACUUGACAUUUUUAAAACCUUGUGUGUGGAUUUUUGCUAGUGUUCAAGUUUUAUGUGCUCUUUUAAAACAUAAGUUUAGUUAAAACAAAGUUAGUAUAAAAAGUGACUAAAGUACAGUAUCUGUUUGCACAAUGACCUUGUUUAUGUGCACUUAAGAAAACAAAUACACUUAUUUCAGGGUUUUUGCAGAAAGUGGCAUGAAACGCCAUGUAAAUGAGAACGUUGGUCUUUACGCCACUUAAGGGAUUUAGAGAAAGUGGUUUAACACACCUAGGUUUUUCCCCGGAGAACGUUGUUUAUCUGGCCAUGUAAACACAAGCAGCAUUCUCACAGGUUUUUGAAGAGUGCGCAUGUGCUGAACAGAGCGGGGUAACGUCAUCGGAUGGAGCGGAACAAGAGGUAAACAAAACAGAAAGACUUAAACAUUUCCGGGAGUACAGUAGAGAAAGCACAUACACAAUAAACUAUACUCAUUGGGUGAAUUGGGCUUUUACAUAAGAGAGAAAACCCUACUAUUGCUGAGCAAUUCUGCUGCAGGUCGCGACAGAAAUUUAAGGAAACAAACACAGCAACCACAGUAGAAUAUAUGUAAAUAAAGCGGAGCAACAGGGAAGAAUAUAACAGUCUUUCUUAGAUGCCAUGGUUGUUAUUUACACAAGCGUUGCGGUAAUAUUACGUUGCUAUGGAGAAUGCUGCUUUCUCACCAAGCCACAUGUGUACGCCGCUUAUAUGGUAGGCUACAUGUAAACAGGAAUGCAGCUUUCUCUUAACAAGCCGCGUUCUCGCAACACGCUGCUUUCUGGUGUCCAUGUAAACGCACAUUGUUUUCUAGCACAUAUAACCUACUGGUCUGUUUGUGUCCCAGCUAAUAAUGGACUUUAAUAUCUUGUAAGGAUAAAGUGCUAAACCAACUUUUGUUGUCAUUUUUGGGUGUGCCUGCAUUUAAUUUCCCGAUCGUAUUAGUACCAUGCCCUUUUUAUAAUAGCAGAGUGAUUUAUCAGAGCUGGACUUGGUAAAUAAUCAAGCAAACUUUACAAAGUAGGCCUCAAACAAUUUGAUGAUCUUUUACUGCAACUUUGGUAUUGCAAACUCUAAAUGUAUUAUCAAAACCAGGCAGUAUUGUUUAUUGGAUAAAAAAAAAAAAAGGAUUUACCAUACCUUCCCUAAAAUUCUAUGGAGCCAGAAAUAUGCCAAAACAAUUUGAAUAAUAGACUUUUGAAUUUGAAUUAUUAUGUUGUAUUUUAAAUAGGUUUGAAUUGGAAUUUUUACAAAUUCAAUCCUGGACAUUUCAUAUUUAACCAAAUUGAAAUUGUUUUUUUUUAAUGGCACAAUUUUAUAAAUAUGUAUUUUCAAACAGCAAAUUUUUGGUUUACACUGUAAAUAUCCCGUUUUAAAAAAUACAGCUUCAAGAUGAAGAAGAAAUUCAGAACACCAAAUUCAAUAUUCUAAAAUUCAAACCGCAGAAAUUCAGAUCUACAGAAAGUGGGUCAGAGAUCAAGCUCCCGUGUUCCACAAGGAAGAGUAGAGGGUCUCAGAUAAGUCGAACGGAGCAUUUUGGCCAAUUACAGGUCGAGGUGCAAUAAUUCUCUGGCACGAGCGUGAUUCAAAAGGUCGCCAUUCUGACCAUGAAGUGGUUCUUAAAUUUUAUGAUUUAUAUUUUUAUGGUUAGCACAUUCUCAGCCCAUGAGACAUUUGUCUAAGCGGUCUCUAGUAUUUGUUUUAGUAUGAAGUAUAUUUAGUAUGAAAGUGAUUAGUAUGCGUAAGAUAAAUCAUCACAUAUAACUCAAUAAUUAAUGUAAUUCUGCUUCAUUCUGUGAUCGGAAUCCACAUCAGAUCCAACUCAGAUGUUAUUUCAAACACUUGUUGGUGUUUGUAAGUGCGUUUUGAGCUCAAGACAUGAACAUCAUGAAUGAUCAUUCAGAUGUGUGUGAUUUAGCAGGCGUGAUUACAUUAUACGAUUAAUUUCAUGCAAAUUGUAGGCUUAUUGUAAGGCAUAAGACAGUUGCAGCUCAUACAGAACACUGCUGCCAGGAUUCUGAGCAGAACCAGAAAAUAUGAACAUAUCACACCAGUCCUCAGGUCUUUACGCUGGCUCCCAGUUACAUUUAGGAUUGAUUUUAAAGUAUUAUUACUGGUAUAUAAAUCACUCAAUGGGCUAGGACCUCAAUAUAUUGCAGAUAUGCUCACUGAAUAUAAACCCAACAGAUCACUCAGAUCAUUAGAAUCACAUCAGCUAGAAAUACCAAGGGUUCACUCUAAGCAAGGAGAGUCUGCAUUUAGCUAUUAUGCCAGCCGCAGCUGGAACCAGCUUCCAGAAGAGAUCAGAUGUGCUUCUACAGUAGACACAUUCAAAUCCAGACUCAAAACACAUCUGUUUAGCUGUGCAUUUACUGAAUGAGCACUGUGCCACUGUGUGUCCGACUGUUUGUACUGUAUUUUAUUUUAUUUUAUAUUCUAAACUGUUUCAAUUAUUCUUAUAUAUAUUUUUUUUUUAAUUCUUAUUUUAAUCUCUUCUAUGUAAAGCACUUUGAAUUACCAUUGUGUAUGAAAUGUGCUACAUAAAUAAACUUGCCUUGCCUUGCCAUUUAAUGGCUAAUUUACACACCGAACUCCAACAAACAUUACAAACACAGUAUGACUGUCAUUCUCACAUGUGCACAUCCCUAUUGAUGUUUAGUCAUUAUGCCAUUUAUUUUUAGUUUGACUGUCAGAAUAAAAUAAAUGGAACAUUUCACGUGUUCUUGUCAUAAAUCUUC